CAACAUUUUCUUUAUAAGUUAUCACGUCCAGCAUCAACAUCAUCAGCAAAUACUGCGUAAACAUACUCAAGCUGAAACAGUUGUUGAUGACAAAAACACAUCAUCAUCAACACAACAAUAUUGUUCGAAAAACAACAAUAUGAAGACAUCAACAUCAUCAGUAUUUUCAUCAUACACCAAGGAAGAGUCUUAUCAAAAAAUGCAAUUAAAACAUUUGCCACAACCUUCACAUUCAUCAGAAAUGCCUGUAGCAACAACAGCUGCAGCAGCAGCAACAACUUCCACAACAGCAACAAAACCGGUUCAUAUACCCUAUAAUAUUGAUUGGGUAUUUGAGAGAUUAAAAAAUCCUAACGGUCUCUGGUUCAUCUGCAGUCAAAUUGCUAUUUUUACUGUAGGAUUAUUUAGUAAAAUUGUACUAGGUGAGUAAUUGUUUAAUUUUUCAUACAAUGCAUACAAAUAUUAAAUGAAUCAUACUUUCCUUUCCUCAUCCGGUGUUAAUACAAACAUAUUUAUUUUUCUCUUUUUGUUGACAUUUUUUCUUCAUAUAUUUCCAU